AUGGAACUUCAGACACCGAUGCUAAACAUGGGUGAUUCGACUCAAAAUAGCAGCGUAGUUGCACGCACGGCAGCUGAUGGGCAAGAAAAAAAGAUUCCGGAAUCGUCCGCUGUUCGUACGAAUCGAUCGCUUCGUCGUCUACACCUCUUACUGUUAGUGCUGGUCGUCAUGGUGUUGAUCACUGUGCUUCUUAGCGCUGUUAUUGCCAUCAAACUCGGCCAUAUGGAGCAACAAAUGGACCAUGCUCAAGAACGACUCUCAGAGAACAUUCAAGAGGCCAUAAAUGUGGGUGUUCUACAGUUUCAUUGCUUUAACGUCUAA